AUUGAUUCCUCAUAACACCUCGAUUGCAUGAGAGUACAGGAAAACAUGAAGAUUCUUAUUGUCUCGAUUAUAUUGGCUCUAAUUCGUGUUUGUUGGGCACGUCUUCAAGUUAUCAAUGUUUUAUACGUGAACGAAAUUGGAAAUGAGGUAGCAGAGUCAGCUGUGAACUCAGCCUUUGGAUAUAUUGAACAGAAACCAGAUUAUAACAUAAAAUUGGAAGUAGUAAGAGUGUCAGCUAACAGAACAAACUCGGAGGAAACUCUGAAGUCUUUAUGCAAGAACUAUGAUGAGAUGUUGAAAAUGAGACCACCACAUCUAGUACUCGAUACUACGAUGACUGACAUGGCUUCUGAGACUGUGAAGAUGUUUACGAGAGCCUUGGCACUACCAACCAUAAGCGCAUCUUUUGGUCAGAAAGACGAUCUUGAAGAAUGGAAGAAUCUAAAUGUUCAGGAGGAGAAAUAUUUGAUCCAAGUAUGUCCCCCAGCUGAUCUGAUUCCAGAGAUGAUAAGAAAAAUAGUCUUUCGUCAGAAUAUUACAAGUGCUGCUAUUAUGCACGAUAAGACUUUCGCUACAGGACACAAACACAAAUCCCUACUUCGAAAUAUAGCCACCAGACAUCUUAUUUCCGAGAUCAAUCCUGAAAAAAUCGACGAACAGUUGUUGCGAAUGAGAAAAUUCGAUCUGGCUAAUUUCUUCAUAUUGGGAAACUCGAAAACAGUGAAGCUGGUUUUGGAUUCCGCAUGGAGAAAUAAUUUUUUCAACAAGAAAUACGCUUUCUACGUUUUAACUCAAGAUUUGGGCGAUCCCCUCAAAUGCGAGGUGAAAAAUGGUACCAUAUUUCUCGCCAGACCUGAAGUUAAUGAACAGUUUAAGAAACGUUUCGAUUUACUCAAGAAAACUUACGCAUUGGAGGCCGAGCCUGAAAUUGCAGCAAGUUUUUAUUUCGAUCUCACGAUUCAGGCUCUUUUUACCCUGAGGAAUUUGAUGAUAGAUGGGAGCUGGUACAAAACUAAUGGUUCCAAACACAUAACAUGUGAGGAAUACGACAAGAAUAAUCAGAGGACACAUACAGGUCUUGAGUUAUUCACAGUGUUUAAGAAGCAAUUUCACGAAACCAUAGAGACUCCUGCUUUUGGUACAAUGGAAGUGAAUUCAAAUGGAUUGAGCUACAUGAAUUUCGAAAUGUCCCUCAAUUUAGUCAAUUUCAGUCGAGGUGUAGUUUCUAGCGUGAUUCCCAUCGGUUACUGGCUGAGUGGUUUUGCUUCCAAAAUAAGGGUUGUGAAUAAAGAACAAUUCGACUCCUUUCACUCUGUUCUCACGUACAGAGUGGUUGUAGCUGAGCAAACUCCGUUUAUUUUUCGGGAUGAAAAUCACCCUAAAGGCUAUAACGGUUACUGCAUAGAUCUGAUGGAUAAAAUAGGGGAAAUCCUCAAAUUCGAAUACGAAGUUAUCCUAGCGACCAAUAACGAAUUCGGUCAUAUGGAUGAAAAUGGUCAUUGGAAUGGCCUUAUCAAGGACCUUAUGGACAAAAAAGCCGACAUAGGUUUGGGCCCAAUUUCUGUCAUGGAGGAACGAGAGAGUGUCAUAGAUUUCACAGUACCAUAUUACGAUUUGGUCGGUAUAACCAUAAUGAUGAAGAUACCAUACGCUCAAACUUCUCUGUUCAAGUUUUUGACGGUCUUAGAGGACGAAGUAUGGUACUGCAUCAUAGCAGCUUAUUUCUUCACCAGUUUCUUGAUAUGGAUCUUCGAUAAAAUGAGUCCACUGAGCUUCAGAAAUAACCCACAAAAAUACGAAGGUGACAACGACAAUAGAGAUUUCACGCUGAAGGAAUGCUUAUGGUUCUGUAUGACCUCUUUGACUCCACAAGGAGGUGGUGAAGCUCCAAAAAAUGCGUCUGGUCGUUUAGUGGCAGCUACUUGGUGGCUUUUUGGAUUUAUUAUCAUAUCUUCGUAUACAGCUAAUCUUGCUGCUUUCUUGACAGUAUCUCGGCUUGAAACUCCUGUAGAAUCACUCGAAGAUCUCUCUAAACAGUACAAGAUAGAGUAUGCACCAAUGAAUGGCUCUUCUACUGCCACCUACUUCAUGAGAAUGAAGAAUAUAGAGAAGAGGUUCUAUGAGAUUUGGAAAGAUAUGAGUCUGAACAGUAGCAUGAGCAACAUCGAAAGAGCAAAGUUGGCGGUUUGGGAUUAUCCAGUCAGUCAAAAGUACUCGAAGAUGUGGAUAGCGAUGAAACAAGCUGGCUUUCCCAAGAGCCUAGAAGAAGCUGUGGCGAGGGUGAAAAAAUCCCCUUCGUCGACUGAGGGUUUCGCCUAUUUGGGUGACGCCACCGACAUUAAAUAUCUGGAGAUGACGACUUGUGACUUGAAGCCUGUCGGUGAGGAGUUUUCUCGGAAGCCAUACGCUCUUGCGGUACAGGAGAAAUCUCCAUUGAAAGAUCAGAUGAACACAGCAAUUCUUCUUCUGUUGAACAGAAGAGAACUCGAAGGUUUGAAGGAGAAAUGGUGGAACAGAAAUCCCAAGAAGGUGGUAUGCGAACAACAAGAUAACCAAUCUGAUGGAAUCAGCAUCCAGAACAUAGGGGGAGUUUUUAUCGUUAUAUACGCUGGCAUCGUACUAGCUCUGAUCACUUUGGCCUUUGAAUACUAUUGGUACAAAUGUAGAAAGCCCACGAAUGUUGUUGCAGUUGAAGAAGCCAGCCAACAGGAGUCCGGAAGUCAGAAUUUAAAACGCAAAUCCUUCCGUUUCAAGAGAUCGGAAAUUAUGUGAAUGUUGAUUUUGUGAUGUUGUCCUCUUGGCUCUUAUAGAUUACACACAUUUCAAUAGUUAUAAAU